AUGCCAGACUACGCCGAGGUCGCCGGCUGCUCGUCAUUCAAGAACCAACAGGAGCUACUGGACGGAUCCCCUUCGUAUGACAACUACGGCGCGUACGCUUCCACUACUCUGGUAGGCCGUUCAGGUGCCAUCAUGAACUCGCAACAGAAGCAGCAGCAGCAACAGCAGAAUGGAGUCGGGAUCAUGUACAACACCACUGCCCUGCACCAUCAGCAGCAGCAGCAGCAGCCGCAGAAUCAGUUCGAUGGGAAAAACGUCUACUCGGCUCCGACCACCGGCUGCCAUUACAAUAAUUUCAUAAAUCAACAUCAACAGCGACAUCAGCAACAACUGCAUCAACAGCAGCAGGAAGGUUCUUCUAAGAGGAUUGGAGGGGGAACGUCCUACGGAGGCGGGGGCAGCAUGAAGAGUCAGAAAAUGAACAUCAUCGAAAACCGGAUGGCGGAUAUGCUGCUGCUCAAUGGCGGCAGUCAGAGUUCGGUUGUGUCUGGUGCUGCUGGGCUGAUGGGUUCCAGUGGCAGCAAUCUGAAUGGGGCCAACAGCAGCACCAGUAAUCUGCUUCCGCUCGGGUCCGGGUCUGGGACCUCGGCAAGCGUACCCCACACGCCACUCUUCGGCACUAUCAAGCGCCAGUCAGCCUCGGCCAAGUACAACAAAAUAGGCUACAAUAAGGAUAAUAAACUCAAUUUCGGCGAUAAUGGGCGCUCAACCGAGCAGCCUUUGUUCAUCAAGUCCAAGUACGACGGGACCUGGUCCUCGGUUCCCAGUACGGCGGCCUCGUCCACCGGCAACAUAAAUAUGAUUAAUAAUUCGCCAUAUCACCAGCAACAGCCCUUGUUGGGUACCCAUCAUCAUCAGCAGCAUCAUCAGUCCCAUCAUCAUCAUCCCUUUGGAGCACCCGGACCAAAAGGUCACGGAGGAAGUACCGGCAAUAUUUUGGACCCAUCCCCGACGACGACGACGGCAAUGACAUCCGUUAGCGGCGGAAGCAGUGACCCAUUGCAAACAAAUAAUUUAGAUAAUCAACAAAUGCAGAACAGCAACAACAACAUCCAUGCUGCUAAUCCCGGCCCGGGAAGUAUUAACGGUUCUAGCAACGGAGGAAGUUCGCCGAGCUAUUUGGCCAGCUUCGGCAAGACGGAGAAUGUGUAA